GACACACUGGCAGCACUGCAUUAAUCAUUAUUGUGUCAUAUUGAUGAAAACACAUAAACAGAAAGUACAAUUUCGUUUUGUUGAUAAAAUCCAUCGCCAAUAUUCAAAGAAUGGCUCAACAAGACGAAUACGAAGAUGAUUACUUCCUUGAAGAGGACAAAAUGUUAGCGAAAUGGAUUCCUAGUGUGUUACUGUUAAUCGCUUCUUCUUUUUAUAAGUUGCCUUUGAUUUUACUUUGAUUGUUGUUUUUUUUUGACGUUGUUAUUGACUAGUUGUUGAGUGAUGGGGAAUGACUGUAACAUCUGGAAAAGUUGUCAUCAAAAAAGACCAGACGAAUUUGAUAGGAAUUUCAAUUGGAGGUGGCGCACCAUAUUGCCCUUGCUUGUACAUUGUUCAGGUGUUUGACGGAACACCGGCAGCCAAAGAAGGCACUCUUCAAAGUGGCGAUGAACUUCUGGCAGUCAAUGGUGUGUCGGUUAAGGGGAAAACAAAAGUUUCUGUUGCCAAAAUGAUUCAAGCGACCAGCGACGAAGUUAUCAUCAGUUACAACAAAUUGCACGCUGAUCCGAAAGAGGGAGAAACCUUGGACAUAGCGCUGAAGAAAAUAAAGCAUCGAUUCGUUGAAGGACUGUCCAGUAGUACGGCCGAUUCGUUGGGGUUGUCUAGAGCAAUUUUAUGUAAUGAUUCGCUGGUUAAACGAUUGCAAGAAUUGCAGGGCACUGAACAAAUGUAUAAAGGACUGGUCGAUCAUGCCAAGCGCAUGCUCAAAGCUCAUUUCGAUCUCAUCCAAACAUACCAGGCGUUCGGCAACUGUUUUUCAUCGAUAAGUGUUCGUGAGCCCCAACCCAGAGCGUCAGAAGCGUUCCGAUUAUUUGGUGAGAUGCAUCGAAACAUGGAAAAAGAUGGUGUUAAGAUGCUCAAAGCCAUUAAGCCAGUACUGGCUGACUUGGGCACGUACCUAUUUAAAGCCAUCCCUGACACUAAGCUUACCAUUCGACGUUAUGCAGAUGCUAAAUUCGCCUACCUUUCGUAUUGCUUGAAGGUUAAGGAAAUGGAUGACGAAGAGCACAGUUUCACUGCACUACAGGAACCGAUUUAUCGAGUGGAGACAGGGAACUACGAAUAUCGCUUAAUAUUGCGAUGUCGUCAAGAGGCACGGACGAAAUUCGCUGGCCUGCGUAGCGACGUCCUGGAGAAGAUGGAAUUGCUUGAAAGUAAGCAUGCGCGGGAUUUGACCUGUCAACUGAAACGAUUCAUCAGCGGACUGGCGGCAUUGAGCAAAGAUUUGAUCGAUCGGCUGCAAGAACACCAGCAUUUGUUCCCGGUGGAAGUUGAUUUAAAGGACAGUGCAUUCCAAUACAAAUCCGUGGCACCAGUUCAAUUCGAAGAAGGUAUUGAUGACGACAGUGUCGAAGAGGGCGUUGAACCGAACGAAUCUCACGGAGAUGAAACAAAUGGCGAUCAGUUGAUCCCUGGCUUCAGCGAUUUGUCGAUGGAAAAGAGUUCGGAUGGGGAAAAAGAUUUGCUCUUCGAGUUGGGACUGGCCGAUGUGGAUCUGUCGUUAGGUUAUGCUUCGUCGAACUUACCUAAUUUUGACUCAUCGGUUGAUCUUCUUAAUUGAUUUUUUAUUACAAUUUCUGAAUCAUUCCAAUAAAAUAAAAUUAAUCGGAAAA